AUGUUCUUCAAAGGCGAUCCUUCAAAAAUCCCUCCCCCAAAGUCGGGAUCGACUGGGGCUUACAAUAUUUUGGCCUUCGACGGCGGUGGUGUGAAGGGAAUAUCGUCGGUGACGAUUCUCAAGAGAAUUGCAAAUCUCUCGAAAGGCAAACCGACUGACCCAGAGGAAAGAAAGCCUGUCGAUUACUUCGACCUUGCUGCAGGGACAAGCACCGGUGGACUCAUUGCCCUUAUGUUAUUUCGCCUUGAGAUGAACUGCACCGAUGUGGUCACACAGUAUCAAAAGUUGGCCGAGCAGGUAUUCUGCCCAAUGCUUGGAUCCAUUCGUCUCAACAGCCUCGGGGCUUUCGGGAAAUGGAUCGGAGAUAUCUGGCUCACGCUCAAAGCCGUCGCUGGUCGCGCCCAAUUUUCGCAUAAGCCGCUUGACAAGGCAAUUGAUACAGUGGUUGGAACAUUUCCGCUGGAUGAUGAUGACCGGGCCAGAAAGGGAGAUGCUGUGCUCGUCAAACCGAGCAAAGGCCUGAUGUUCAUGUGUGCGACAUUGGCCGACCUAGGAGAGAGCAUCUUGCUACGCAAUUACGACCCUCCAUUCGCGCCGCUUCCGGUUUCCACGGGGGCUACCGACUUCAAUUUCAAUGCUGUUACCAUCAAAGAGGCAGCCCGCGCAACUUCUGCUGCACCUACUUAUCUCAACCAGGAGAGCAUUCAAGGAUUAGAUUUCUGGGAUGGCGGGCUCUUGAACAACAACCCCAUUGACCAGGCGUGGAACAACCGAUAUGACCUUGUCAUGCGCGAUGCUCCGUCUCCCCGAAUCAAGUGCAUCGUCAGCUUAGGAACGACACAUCUCGAGGAUGACGACAAGGAACGACUUGGAUCUGGCAUUGCUAAGUUCUUCAAUACCAUUACGAAGACAGUGGCCUUUGCAACCAACACCGAAGCCAAGCAUCUCGACUUCGAACGGAACAUGCGACAGCGCAACGAGCGAGACCCAACCAGGAAAACUUAUUAUUACCGGUUCAAUGCGUCGACGGGAAAGCACAAUAUCAACCUAGAUGACUAUCUCAAAAUGCCAGAGUUGGUGGACUACACCAACGCCUACUUAGAGAGACCCGAGGUGGAUAAGUGGGUGAGCGAAUGUGCAGCCUUGCUCGCAAAGACAAACCAGGCCUGA